AACGUAAAACCUACAGUCAAAACGCAAAAGGAAGUCUCUUUACGUCUCUCAACAUUCGCCGUCUUCCUUUCUCUCGAUCGAUUUCUUCUCCGCGAUUCCAAUGUCGAGCCGUUGGUUGAGACCUGAGGUGUAUCCCUUGUUCGCCGCUACAGGAGCUGCGGUUGGGAUCUGUGCGUUCUCGUUGAUUAGGAACAUCACCGGAAACCCUGAAGUCAGAUGUACCAAGGAGAACAGGGCUGCCGGAAUAUUGGAUAACCAUGCAGAGGGAGAGAAGUACAAGGAAAAUUUCUUGAGGACGUAUGUUCGCUACAAGCGUCCAGAAAUUAUGCCUGGACUCAACAAGUUCUUCACUGAUCCUACUUACUGAACCAACAUUUUCUCAAGACUUUCUUGUAUUGUUUUCUGGAACUGGGAUUUUUAUUGAAUCUCUCUGUGUCUCUUAAUAAAUCUCAUUUGUCAUGUAACCCUCCAGCAAAUGGCUACUUCAUUUUGCUGGUGGCUUAUGUUGUUUCUAUUAAGCAGAAUUACAACAAUUUGUAUUGAACUGCUCUCUGGAUACAUAACUGCAGUUUGUAUUGACAGGAUCUCAAGUUUAUAAACUCAAGCUCUUAUUU